CUUGAGUUGUUUUGUUUGGUGGCGUUUGCUGGGACGUUUUCAAUUCAAAGGUACAAAAUGUUUAACUUGACUGUGGGCGCGAUCGAUGCAAUAAAUAACGGCAAAAAUGUUGAGGAGCCAGUUCUCAAACUAUUGGGGUUUAAAAGUGUCCCAGGUGGUGGGGGUGGUCAGAAUCGUUAUCGGUUACUGCUCACUGACGGCGUAAAAACUCAUUCAUUCGCCAUGCUCGCCACACAGUUAAACCAUUUGAUUGAUGAAAACAAACUGGUCAACAAUACUGUAAUCCGCGUUAGGAAACAUGUUUGUAAUAACAUUCAAAAUAAUAAAGUUGUCCUCAUUGUUUUGGAUCUUGAUAUACUUGGGACGGAUGAUUCGUCAGGUGGUUUGAAGUCCGAACAACCACCCACGGUAGCCAAACCAGCCACGAUCACAUCUCAUUCAGUUGAACCUGAACAGAAAACUCCACCCAAAUCUUCUGGUCCUUUCUCUGGUGGUCAGCCAAGUACUCCUGGAACACCAGGUUGUGGGCUCCCACGUGUAUUUCCCAUACAAAGCCUCAAUCCGUAUCAGAAUAGAUGGACUAUACGUGCUCGUGUAUCACAGAAAUCAGCUAUCCGAACUUGGAGCAAACAAGGUCGUGAUGGAAAGUUAUUCAACUUUACACUAGUCGAUGAAAGCGGUGAAAUCCGUGUAACUGGAUUCAAUGCUGAAGUGGAUAAAUUUUAUGACAUGAUUGAGGUCAAUAAAGUGUACUAUGUCAGUCGAGCAAACCUGAAGGCCGCUAAUAAACAAUUCAAUACAACUAAUAACGAUUACGAAAUGACACUUCAUAGCGAUAGUCAAGUGUUGCCUUGUGAAGAUUCAGAUACUAGUUCUUUGCCAGAAACUCACUUCAAUUUUAUUUCAAUAGGAAAAUUAGAUACACAAUCUCCUGGAUCUUUUGUUGAUAUUGUUGGAGUUGUACAUGAAUGCGGUGAAGCACAAACAAUUACUGCCAAAGCAUCUCAACGUGAACUACGUAAACGCGAAUUAGGAUUAGUGGAUAGUUCUAACUGUCUAGUACGUCUUACACUAUGGGGUGAAGAAGCGGAGAAUUUCGAUGGUGCAAGUCAUCCUGUCAUAGUUAUAAAAGCGGCAAAAAUAUCUGAUUUUAAUGGUCGCUCUUUAUCUGUAAGCCCAACAUCAUCCCUUCUUAUUAGUCCUACAAAUAUUCCUGAAGCUAUACGACUAAAAGGUUGGUAUGAACAUGAAGGUCGCUACUCUAACUUUGAAACCUUCCGUAGUGAAAUGGUUGGAUCUUCAGGAGGGGCAGAUGGUGUAUCUAGUUCGUCUGGUGUUCUUGGCGGUUGGAAUCUCUUGCAAGAUGUCAAAGCAUCUGGUGUGGGAGCUAAUGUAAAAGCAGAUUAUUUCACUUGUAAAGCUACUGUUGUAUUCAUGAAAAAGGAGAAUUUCAUGUAUCAAGCUUGUUCUACUGAAGGAUGUAAUAAGAAGGUGAUUGAUUUAGGUAAUGGGCUAUAUCGAUGUGAAAAAUGUGCUAGGGAAACACCUGAUUGUAAAUGGCGCUUGCUUCUUAUGGCCAAAAUUGCUGACGUCACUGGAGAUUUAUGGGUUACAUGUUUUCAAGACGCUGCUGAAGCUUUACUGGGACAGACAGCUGAAAAGUUGGGCACUAUAAAGUCAACACAAGAUGAAACACAGUUGGAAAAAGUGUUCAUCGAGUCAGCAUUUAACUCAUGGAUAUUUCGUUUACGAGCUAAAGUUGAUCGUUAUAAUGAUGAAGAACGUUUACGUGUUGUUGUUGCAGAUGUUAAACCGGUAGAUUUGAUUGAUUAUUCUAGGCGUUUAUUGAAAGCCAUAAAUGAUCUAUCAGCAACUUUAUCUAUUCAGUAAAAAUCAAUCAGCAAUAACUCUUGGUGGUGAUGAUGAUAAUUUUUGCUGCUUCCAUUCAUCAACACACAAAUAAAGAAAGCAUUUCUCUUUUUUUAAAUAAAGAAUCACAUUUUAUUUUCAGAGUAAUUAAAUUCCAUUAUCACUUGUAUGAUUUGAACAUUUACAUAUUGUUUCCAUGAAGAGAUUAUCACAGAUUGAAUUGGUUUUAUGCAUUGUUUCAUAUGUGAUUAUAACCGAGAUGGACAAUGAAAUAUAAAUAUAUGUGUGUAUCUACCUAGAUAAUUAAUUGUUUUCUUUUCAUUGUGAUUUUUGUUUGGUUAUAUAUUUUAGUUAGAUGGGUUGAGAUUUUGUUUCACAAUGUUUGAAUUACUUAAUAUAACUAAUAACUAAUUAAAAUGUAAACUGAAGAUGAUUUUAUGUAUUGCUAACUAAAU